UAGGGCCCAAGCCAGCCAGGAAGGAGGAGGCAGCCAGAGUGGCCACCACUGUUCUCUGCAGCAGAAGAGCCCUUGCUGCCAGGCUGCAAAGGCUGCGGAACCUCCUGCGCAAGCGGAGGCCCAAGUCUGGUCCACCAGAAGGAAGCAGCAAAAGAUAAGAAGAGGGUGCCACAGUGCCCAUGGCUGCUUAUCCCAAGAGCUGGCACUUGAUAGCCUGCUGCAGAAAGCCAAGAGACCACCAGGAUCCUGAACGGCAGGGGAGUUUUGGCAUCAGCACUCCAUCAGCCCCUCCCAGAACCAAAUGGUACCAUCUGUGCAGGAGGAGGGAGGCUUUCGCUGUCAAGGAUGGGAGAGAUGCACACAAAAAUAGGCAAAGCUCCAGAGCAUUUGGAAACCAGUCUGGAGAUUCAUUAGUCAGCAGUAUGCACUGCACCCUCAUCUCCUCAGAUGAAUCAGAGCUGGAGGACCUAAAACUGGGUGAGGAGCUCAUGGUGGACCGCUCCACACAGAUGGUCUGGGAAGACCUGAGCGAUACUGAGAGGCAAAGCUCCAGAGCACUUGGAAACCAAUCUGGAGAUUCAUCAGUCAGCAGCAUGCACUGCUCCCUUUUUUCCUCCAGCUCCUACCAGUCUGAGGUGGAGGACUGCAAAGUGGAUGAAGAACUAAUCAAAAUCAUCCACAGGCAUAUGGAGGACAGAGAGGAGGCUCUGCACAAACUCGCAGCAGACAAUCUGGAGCUGAUGCUGAGGGGGUUUUUGUCAGAGGCCCCAACCACACAGCAUCUCUUGUCCCUCCUGGAGAACUCUGCAGAACUCCCCAGUUUGGGCCACAAUGUGCCCAAACUGGGAAUCUGCAUUAUGGAUUCCAGGAGGGAUGUGAGCCGAUACGCCAGGGAGGGAAUCUACCGGCUCCUAGAGGUGCUUCUCCACCACAAAGGCCAGAGCAGCAAAGAAGCUGGGGAGCUGUGGAGCCGGAGAUGGCAGCAGGAUGAGAGAAUUCUGGCCUAUCUCAACACAGCCAGAGUUGGGGAGGUUUUCGGGGAGAUCUUUAACAAAGAUCAGCGAAGAUCCUUCCUGAGGACCACUCUUUGGGCCAUUGAUCAUCCCCUCCACAGGAUUAAAGAGGCUGGUCUGAUUCUGCUGUACUCCCUCCUGGGCAAGGCCGAUGCACUGAUGGGGCAUGAGGAGGAGGAAAUCAGGAGGAAAAUCUGGUGUCGUCUCCGCUAAUUUAAAAAGAGCAAAGGGCUGCCUGAAGAACUCCAAGGUCUUUAUAAAAACCAAGGUGACUUACUGAUGGACCUUGGCAGUGUAGCUAAGCCGACUACCCUCCCAUGAAACCUUCUUCCUUCCCUCCCAUGACACCUUUCCUUCCUUUCCAUAUGAAACACUCAUACUUGAACGAUACAUCCUUCCACCCUAAACAUAUCAAGAGAAAGAUCACAUAUCAUCUGAAUUAAAUGUAUCAGUCAUCAUGAUCAAAAUUCUUCAAAGGAAUCAGGAAACUGAAAUGACACCUUUGAAAAUGUGGAUACCCUCAAAGAUUACAACAUUAAUAGGACAUCAGCCAUAUCAAGGGAUUCUCUACAGAGGCAAAAUAUGCAAAAAGAAGAGAGGGUCCCAUUUUGGUAGACUUUCAUCCUGCCUCACCAGACUAUCACCAGGCAGUAGAAAGACAGCCACUACCCUGAGAGCUUUUCCCAGAAGUUCAGAAUUUGCUUACAGCUAAAGCUGUUGCUUUCCAUCAACCACCUAAUCUGUACAGGCAAUUACUGAGAGUUGUCCAAAAAUCACUCAUCAGCAAUCCUGGAUCACAUCACUGUCAAUCCAGCCACUUCAUUACUUUCACUUUUCUAAGGGAUAUCAUCACUUUUAGCAGUACCACUACCAAGAAAACCUAUUAUAUCUGGGGGAAACUCACCUAUACAUCCACCUGUCGUAUAUAUUAAAGAGUGCAAACAUCCAUAUUGCCAUAUGCGCUAUGAAGGCAAAACAUCCUCAGACCUGAAGCCAUCUUUCAGGAACCAUAAAUCUGCCAUCUCAACAAAGAACAACCUAUGGGCAGAUAUUUCAGCUCAGGUCACCAUAGCCUCAAUGAUAUGGAGAUCUAAGAGCACCUUUCAUCCAUCUGCAACAUCUGGCCAUCACUCUUUUCUUGUCACUUGCCCUUGGACUCUGCUAACAUGACAUUCUUCAUUGCCAUCUUAUGAACUGUAUGUGCUCACACACAUCAUGAUGAACGAUAAUGGGAGGAGCCACCAUGGGACAUCCACACCUACAGCUUCUCUUGCUGCAUCAAUUUCCCUUUGUUCCAUCCACACAGGAGUCUUUUUGCCAGGAAGUACUGCAGGUAUAGGCAAUAUCAGUAAUUCAAGCACCCAGAAAGAAAGAAGAGAAAAAUUGAUUAGUUAAAUAAUAAUAAUUAAUUAAAUAGAUUUUUUUAAAGGCUGUCGCAUAAUAAAGAAAUACUCAAACCCACUGAAAUAAAACCUUCAUAGAGUAUCCACAUAAGAAAUCCACAACUUAAUGGUCCGCAUACAAAACAGAUCAAUAAAAUCAAUGAAUGUAAAUUUCCCCACUCCAAUUUUUUUUAUUCAGAAUUAUUCUGAAGCUUUCAGAAUCCUGAGUCUAACAGAAAGAGAUGAAUUUUAAAAAACUUACAAUGUUCUCCAGUGCUAAAUUUUUAAAAGGGUUAUAAAAAGUCAUAAAUCUUCUAAUAUUUUCUGUCCCAGCAGCUCUGAAUAGCAAAUUUAAAAAAUCCAUGUAGAAUACUGAAUGAUAUAAGUAAUGAGUACAAAUUCCAUUAAUAAUGCUAUUUAUUAAGCUAAUGGAGGGAUAGAGUCUAAGAUAGACAAAAAGAAUCCACGAAUCUAGAAAAAUGCCAGAAAUGUUCAAUGUCUUUUAAAAUCCUUACUCUGAUAACACAAAGACAUAAAAAAGCUUCAGUGAAAAGCUAUAAAUUCCAUUCAGACACACCUAUCUCUCCAGUCAUAGUUUCAUUCUGUGAAUAGCAGAUGAAGGAAUUUGGACAAAAUUUCCAAUCAGGGUUUCAAUACUGAGUAGUAUAGGCAAUGAAUGCAAGCUCCAUUAGUGGUGCUAAACUAAUAGACGGCAGGGGGGGGGGGACUAAAAAUCGAGAAAAGAUUAGAAAAAUUCAAAGUCUUUAAAGAAGCAUAAUUCUAAUAAGAAAAGAUCUAGAAAAAGAAAAGCUCCUGCCAGCAGACUUCCCCAAUGAAAGCUGUAAAUUUCGUCACCAUAGGUUCAGUGCUGGUAGUGAAAGCUCUAAAGUGAGAAUGUAGUUAUCUGGUCAUAAAACCCUUCAUAAUGCAAACCAAAUAAAGCAGGAGGAUCCCUCAAGCAGAACUAAUUAAUCCCUUCCUACUGGCUCUCUUCUCAAUACACAAUACAGCAUAGUUGCCUCCUAAAAAGUCCAUGGGAGGUUCAAAAAUGAUGGAAACACGGAGACUGAGGAACAAAAAUGCAAGGAAUCCUGUUAGUACUUAUAAGCUCAAAAGGUAUUCUCAAUUGUGGGAGUGUCAUUUAAAACAAAAGGGAUAGCGACAAAAAUAGAUCUAAAGUCUAAUGAAAAAGAUUUUAAAAAUGGAUUUUGAACUUCCCAUUCGACUGUCCAGAUAAUCCAAGGGCUUAGGAAAGAAGAAAGUUAAUUAUUAGAGAGGAAGAAACUGACCAUGCGAAGACAUGAAGUAUGGAUAUUUUAAACCCAGAGCCAAGACAAAAUUCCCAACCCAUGCACACCAAAUACGAGACGUUUUGGCAAAUGUUCAUGACUGGCAUCUAGAACCUAUUAUAUAAAAAAGAGAUGAACAACAGGGAGGAAUUUGAGAGAAGGGGGAAAAGUUAAUUUAAAGAGAAGAGGAGAUCUUAUGAAAUACUAAAAUGAAAUUCCUCAAUGAAAAAUCAAACAAACAAACUGCAUCUGGAACUCUCAAUCUUCUGAAAACCAAACACAUCUUCAGUGCCAUAAUCUCAUGCAAUACCAUCCAAUUAAACUUCAGUUUUAACCCAUGAUUUGAAAAAAAUAGAGAAAAAACAAUACCCUUUAGUAUAAAGAUUUUCCUCUUCACAAGAAUUUUUGAUAACAGCUGUUAAAUUAACAGGGAAUCCAUAAAACCAAUUCUUCAUAUUGGAAAAGACUAAUUACACAUACAGGCCAAAAACAUAGCAGUAAUUAUAAUUAUAGAUGAAACGUAUAAAUGUAUAAAUUAAUUUCCCUAGUCUCUAUAAUACUUUUGGAAACUGCAAUAACAGGGAAUCCAAUGGGGGAAAAUUAAUCAGCUUUCAGUAAAAUCUAUCUCUUAUAAGUAAGUUCAACCUAAUAGCUUCAACAGAUAAAUUCACCUAUAUGCCUUUAAACACAGAUUUCCAUAUUCACCAAUAUCAUACAUUUGCUAUUUCAUCAGAGGGAAUAAAUUGAAUAUGUUCAUAUUAAAUAAUAGCACUUAGCAAUAGCAAUAGCACUUACAUUUAUAUACCGCUCUAUAGCCGGAGCUCUCUAAGCGGUUUACAAUGAUUUAGCAUAUUGCCCCCAACAUUCUGGGUACUCAUUUUACCGACCUCGGAAGGAUGGAAGGCUGAGUCAACCUUGAGCCCCUGGUCAGGAUCGAACUUGUAACCUUCUGGUUACAGGGCGGCAGUUUUACCACUGCUCCACCAGGGGCUCUAAAUAAGCAUAUAAUAAUAGCUAAAAUAACAAACUAAACAUAUUAGUAUAAAUUGUGAUAAUCUAAAUGUAUACAUUUUUAUCUUGAAAUAAACCAAUAGGAAUUAAAAAUUAGGGAUGUGCACAAAACCGGUUUGCCCGGUUCGGUUCAAAUUCGAACGAGGUUAGAACCAGGAGAGGGUGGUUUGGUUUUGGUUUUGCUCAAACCUCCCCCUGGUUCGGUUUGAAUUUGAACAAUUUUGAACUGGUUUGGACAUCGAAAAAUUGGUUGGAUGGUAGCUGGCA